AUGGAUUAAUCAGAAUAUUCUUAUUUACAAUGUCCACCUGAAGCUAUGGCUAUAUAACAUGAUUGUAUUUACUAUUUGUUAUAAUAUAGAAUUAUAUAUCAGAAAAACAGAAAAAGAUAAGCAAUAUAGAAAGAUAUUUGGAGGGGAUGUUCAAUAUGAUUAAUUUGAGAUGCAACAUAUAAAAUUAUUAGAGGAAGAGAUUUAAAAGAAAGGAAUAAAAUUACCAGAUGGGUAUUUAUAUAUAUUUAUAUAUUUAUUUAGAUGGACUUAAACAGACACACUUAAAAUUGUGUAUAAUGGUAAAUUCAAGAUCAAAGAUUGUAUUGAGGUAAUCAUAAUUUUUUAAUAUUUUAUAGAGAUUAUAACUUCAUUUAGCUUGGAGAGUUAAUCCAAAUAUGCAUACAUUGAAUAAAUAAAUGUAGGAGUUUUUAGAAGCUGGAUUCUUAUAUACUUUUGGAAGAGAUUAUUAAUUUAGACCUGUCAUUUAUUUAGAAGCAUUUAGAGUAGAUUAGAAAAAAGUAUUAAAAUUUACUAAUUUUAGUAUCCAAAAGAGUUUAUGAUCUAAGUGUUAUCAUUUUUUUUGGGAUUUGUCAAGAAACAUAUGAUGAUGCCAGGAAAAGUUGAAAAUUGGAUUUGUAUUAUAGAUACUAAAGAUAUUGGUGUUUUUGGAUUACCUUCUGGACUUGGGGAGAUAAUAAAAACUAUGGCUCUUAAUUUUGUUGGAUGUUUACAUAGAAUGUAUGUACUAAAUCCAUCAACAGGAGUUGAUUUAUCUUGGAAAGCUGGUGCUGCAUUUAUGGAUGAUGAAAGCAAAUCUAAAAAUUUUUUUUAACUAAGAAAACAUUAGAAAAAUUAAAGGAAGCUAUUCCUUAAGAUUAAUUAGAAAAAAAGUAUUUGGGAACAGCUGAAAAUUUAACUUAGUUUUGGCCACCAAGAAUUGC